AUCAAAAGCGUGCAAACACGACAUAAACAUAUAUCAGACCACGUUACAAAGAGGGUCCCAUCAUAUUCCUUAGUUUUUUGUUGCCAAUAUUUUCCCUAACUUUCAUUCUAAAUUUUGCAACCCUUCACAUUCUAGUUAUAGUUCUAUUUUCUUUUGAUCUUUUCUUUGCUAUGAUUAUGAAGAAGCUUUGUCCUAAUCUUGAUAGAGAGGAUGGACUUGAAACUGUGCUUGAAGUUCCUAUACCAGAGGAGAUUUUUAUACAGAAGAGUGGAACAGUGAAAGCUUGGCAGAAUGUGAAGUAUUUUUGGAUGAAACCAAACGCAGAAGCAAAAGCUGCUUCUAUGACAGCAGUUUUUGGAGGAAGAAACACAGAGAUUCAACUUUUGUUAGGUGUUGUAGGAGCUCCAUUAAUUCCUUCACCUAUCAUCAACUCUUCUGACAAUUACCAACUCAUCACUCCCAGCAUUAAAGACCAACACAUUGAGGUUUCGAUGGCGAAAUAUAUUAUGAAACAGUAUGUGGCUGCAGUGGGAGGUGAAAGGGCUUUGAAUUCUGUGGAUAGUAUGUAUGCAAUGGGACAGGUGAGAAUGGCGACUUCAGAGUUUUCGGGAGGGGAAGGAGGUGCAAAUAGUAAUAAUAAGAAGGUGAUGAAGGUGAAGAAUGUGGAGAUGAAAGGAGAGAUGGGUGGUUUUGUGGUGUGGCAGAAGAGACCGGAGUUAUGGUGUUUAGAGUUGGUGGUUUCUGGUAACAAGAUUAGUGCAGGGAGUGAUGGAAAAGUUGCUUGGAGACAAACUCCAUGGCAUCAUUCUCAUGCUUCUCGCGGUCCACCGAGACCUCUCCGGCGUUUCUUACAGGGUCUUGAUCCAAGAUCAACAGCCAAUCUAUUCAGCAGCGCAGUAUGCAUCGGAGAGAAAACAGUGAACAAAGAAGACUGUUUCAUAUUAAAACUCGAGGCAGAAUCAUCGACACUACGAGCAAGAAGCAACAGCAAUGUAGAGAUAGUUCGACAUACAGUGUGGGGAUACUUCAGCCAAAGAACAGGUUUAUUAGUGCAGCUAGAAGACUCACACUUGCUCAAACUCAAGUCCUCACAAACCGACUGCAUAUACUGGGAAACAAACAUGGAAUCACUAAUACAAGACUACCGAACCGUCGACGGAAUUCAAAUAGCACAUGCCGGGAAAACAAAGGUGACCUUGUUUAGGUUUGGCGAGGGACCCGAGACACGUUCGAGGACGAGAAUGGAAGAGGUUUGGCAAGUUGAAGAAGUUGAUUUUAAUAUUAAAGGUUUGUCUAUUGAUUGUUUUUUACCUCCUAGUGAUUUGAAAAGAGAACAAGAAGAAGAAACAGGACAGUAUGGUGGUGGUGGUGUGGUUGCUAGUACUAAUGCUAAGUUGCCUUAUAAGAUUCGUUCAGCUUCUUUUAGAAUAAGUGCUUCUAAAGUAGCAGCUGUGAAUUUGGAUGAUUCUUGUACUACUAGUGAGAGCGAUGAGGAUUUAUAAAUCCAUCCUUUUUG